AUGGUUGAGCUGUUUAUAACAGCUUCAUUAAAACGAUUUUCGGGCAGAGAAAAUUCGUUAACAAUUAACUCAAAUACUCUUACUAAUGAUGGAAUUAAAAAUGCUAAAGUACUUGAUAAAUUUCAAUUUGAACGUGUUGAAUGUUUUAGUGUUGAUCCUGAUACAACAAAUGAAAAAUAUGUAUUUAAUCGAACUGUUACAUUAAAAGAAGAUAAACGUGCAUCUUAA